AUGUUCAAGACCAGCUACCUGCGCGAGGUGCGCAAGGAGAAAUACGAGCGCGCCGAUGUCUUCGAAGAAGAACCCGAGGGCUAUGAAACUUCUGCGGGUGCCUCCGCCAUCCAGGGCUGGGAGAGCCUCCAGGAGCUCAACAGCCGCUUCGCCCGCUACAUCAACAGAGCACGCGUCCUGGAGCAGCGCAAUGCUGUGUUUCGCAAGCAGCUGGAGACCCUGCAGCGCAUGGAGGAGGCCAGUGGCCUAGAGGAGGCCUUCACAGAGCAGAUCGAGGUCAACAGGCAGCGCAUCCGGGAGCUGUCCUCUGACCACUCCAAGCUGGAACGUGAGCUCAAGGAUGCUUGCCGGAUGCUUGAUGAGUACACUAGCAAAUAUAGAAAUGAAUGUGAGUAUCAAGAACAGCUGCGCUGCACGCUGGAGCAACUAAAUAAGGAGGCUGACAGCGCUUUGCUUAGAAAUCUCGAGUACCAGAUCCAAUCCCAGUUCCUGCAGGAUGACAUCAACUCCACCAAAGACAGAUACAAGAAGAACCUAGCUGAGAUCCAGACCUAUGUCAACAUUCUGCACCAGAUCAACCAGACAACGCCCUUGGUUGCCAACGUGUCAGUGGGCAUCUCCGAGGAGCAAGAGAGGCUGCUUGCUCAGAGGAGGGUUCCAGCACUGCAGGGUCAACUGGAGGAGUACAAGAGUGCCCUCUGUCAGCUGCAGGCACAAAAACACCGCCUACAGACCGAGACCACAGUGCUGGAGCAAGCCAUCAAAAGCACACAGGAGAGCUACGACGACGAGAUCCAGAUGUAUAAUGAGCAAAUCGAGGCUCUGCGGAAAGAGAUCGAGGAGGCCGAGAGGUCCCUGGAGAAGUACACCAACGAGUGUCGCCACCUGGCCAUGUACCAGACCUCUUUGGAGAAUGAGCUGGAGAGGUACAAGAGGAUCAUUGAGAACGAAGACAACAGGUUGAAUUCAGCAAUAAUUGGCACGCCAAUUACCCUGUUCACCACUAAUUACCGCUACACUCACACGCCCGCAGCCCCGAGCAGGGGGAGAGACAUCACUCAGGCUAUCCAAGACAUUACCAGCAUCAAGCCUCGCCAGAAGAAUCUGGCCAAGAAGGUCCUGAAAAAGAAGGAGCUUACACCCAAAGAUGUGAUGGACAGCGGCCAGGACGAGAGAAAUGGAGGAGGAGCCAAUGGGGAGUUUGCAGAUGAGGAUAGGAGAGGGUGCCCAGGCGAGGAGGGACUGGAGGAACGGGUGAUCACAACAGAGCAGAGGCCCUUGUUCACUGGAGUCUCGCCCCAGGAUGUCCCUGACGGAGCUCAGAUCAGCAAGGCCUUUGACACGCUCUGCAACAUCGUCAGAGACCGAAUGAGAAAAUACAAGAAGCCCGAGCCCAUUGCUGACUUCUACACCAAGGGUCGCUACGUCCUCGUAACUGGGGACGGCAGCUACCCAGACCCCUGUUUUUGCACAUCCACACCGUCCGCCGGCCACGUCAUCGUCACUAUUAGAGAUGGGAUGGUGGCCCCCUGCGAGCCCCACGGACGCAGCAGCCCCCAACCCCAGCCCCCACCCCCUAAACCCGUGCCACUUCCCCUCCCCCUCAGCCCUACGCUGCCCUCUGCUGGAGAGGGAGGGAAGCAGGAUGAUAAGGGAGGGAAGGGGGAUGAUAAGGGAGGGAGAGGAAAGGACAGAGGAGGAGCAGAAGGAGGAGCAGGCACUAAAGGAAAGUCUAAGAAUGGAGAGCCUCUCCCUAAGUCCAAAGAUCCGAGUCCUGCCCCUAAAAUUCAUCCUUCUCCAGCACCAGGGCCCACUCCUGGCCACAGAGGCCACACUCCAGCCCCGCCUGCCACUGAUCCCUCUGGACCGAAGGGAAACAGAGACGACAACGGCCAGAGGGGGCCCCGCCCACCCAUGCCUGCCCCUCGCGGAGCCAGCACCAGCUCCAGCUCCAGCUCCAGCAGCUUUGGCCCAGACUCCAUGAGCUACGAGAAGGUGGAGGUGGUGGAGUCCGUGGAGAAAUUCUCCAACGACCGCAAAAUCAAAGGUUAUGAGGAGACCGCCAUGGUGGUAGAGACCAUGAUUGAGAAAACUAGCAAGAAGAAGCAAUGA